AAAAAAAAAAAAAAAAACAUAUAAUCAAAACAAAACAUAGCAAGGAUCCAACACCGAAGAAAAAGGUAAAGCAGGGCGCUGAUCCUUGCGGGAGCGACAGGACAGGAUAGGAUCCGAUCAACCUCCCUCGCAGCAGUUAGGUAAUCUGGUCUACUUUGCGGGAUGGAUGGAUGGUGGACUCCAGUCCAGUCCAGAGUCCACCGUCUCCAUCUGGAGGAUACUCAUGGGCAGGGACCAAUGAUCAACCUAUGCCCGAAUCAAGGGAGGGUGAAGGAAGAGCGAUACCCCACUCUUCAGCUUCCUGCUUCCAUGCUUCAACAAUGGAUUAUGGUAGUAUUUCCAGGUGUAUGGUUUGGUAGGAUUAUUAUUAUUAUUAUUUUCUCUCGUCUUCUUUCUACUUCUUUACACCGAGUCAAGAAGUAGGUUCAAGAUCGGAAGGCCGAGGUCCACUAUAUUAGGUAGUUUCCAUAGUCCGGAGUACUCCGUAGAUACUAGACUCUUCUUCGUAGACGAGGUAAACGAUCGGUUGCAGGACCGACCCUACAUGAUCAG